AUGAAUCUAUUAAAAAUUUUAGAUACGAAGCCUAUACCUGCCAUUGUAGAUGCUAGAACUUUGGGAGUUUCUGGCAAUACAUCAGGAGAUUAUUGGUUACCCACACCAAUGUGCCUAUAUCAAAAAGAGCUUACAGAUCAAGUAAUUUCUUUACAUUACUCCGAUAUACUUCGAUAUUUUGAAACAAGUCAUUUCCAAGAAGACGUUGUAUUAGAAUCUUUAAGAACGAUGUGCUAUAAUAGUGAGUUAGUAGCAACGCAUCCUUAUCUUUUAAUUGAUCAUUAUAUGCCAAAAAGUUUAACUGGGAAAGAUAUCCCAAACCAUCUGAGUGAGUUUAGCGGCAAAUUUACCGUUUUAAAAGAUUUAAUUGCUAUUUUACAGGAAUAUGAAGCAGAUACAGCUAUAGUCUGUAGGCCUGGUAGAACUAUGGAUUUAGUAGAAGCUCUUUUGAUGGGAUUGAAAGUUAAUAUUAAAAGAUAUGAUGGAAAUACUGUUAAAAGUAAACAAUAUAAGGCUAAACAGAAGACAUUUUCUUGUACAUGUCAUAUUUUUCCCUCUACGGAUUAUGAUUCUAAAAAAAUACCUAUUGAAGCUUCAUUACAAUUCAAUUGUGUUAUAACAUUAGAUCCAAGUGUUGAUACCAAUACCAAAGCAUUUCGAAAAAUUAGAAAUUAUGGUAAAGAUACUACUACUCAAGAUGGUAGUGAUAAUUCUCCAAUAAUUAGAUUAACGACGAUUAAUUCUAUUGACCAUUGUAAAUUAUUUUUUAAAAAUAAAAACUCCAACGGUUCAACUAGUAAUAGCAAUACCAAUAAGGAUAAGGAUAAACUCGGCGAUGAAGAUUUAAAAACUUUAGAAAAUAUAACAGCUGGUAUUGUCGUUUUAAGAGGUCGUGUUGGUAUUCUGCCACCAGAUUUACGUCCUAUUUAUUCACAAAAAUUAUCUUAUUUAAUACCUUGGAUUGAAAAUACACAAUUGCCCUGGCCGUUACCUGAUAUUUAUCCAAUCAAAGAAUAUAACUCUGUAGAUGUUGAAAUAUCUCUAUUGACUGAAGUUCAUUAUAAACAAGUCGAAGAUGAGUUAGAAGCUGCAUUUGGUCGUAAGACUCGUGGUCGCAAUAAUAAUUCUAAUAAUACUGGUAGUACUAAAAAUGGAAAACUAGAAGACACUGUUUUGCCAUUUUAUAUGUUAAAAAGAUUAAAGAAUGAUUAUUCAACUAAUCCAACUAAGCAAGAUAUGACUCAAUUAACAGGGAUUACAACUGCUAAUUCAAAGAUGGGAAAUAUGUAUCAUCUAUCUAGUGGGAUCUUAACUCAUAAAUUGGUUCAAGAAAUAGGUCAAAUAUAUGUUGAAUUAGAUUUACAAAACAAAGAGAUUAAUGGAUAUAUUCAAACUAACUUAAUAGAAGAAGACCAUGUCCAGAAUUUCCAGGAAGAAUAUAAAAAGAUGAAUACAAAAGUCGAGCAGGCAUUGCUCACUGAUUCAAAUAACAAACAAAGAUCACAAGAAAUCUUCAAUGAAAAUAAGCAGAAGCUUACUGAGAUUGAAAAAUUAAAAGAAACAUUUGAGAAAAUGAAAGAACUGUUAAAGAAUAAAAAUAAUGACUUAUUUGAAUCAUAUUCUAAACAAUUGAGUUUACAAGAUGAUAUUAGGCAUAAAGAAUCACAACUCAAUUCCAAUCGUACUGAAAAAGAAUAUAUGGAAAAGGAAUUUAACCGUGCUGAAGCAUCUAAGAAUGAUUCUGAAAUUGAAAUUGAAAAAUUAACAAAUGAAAUUAAUGAGUAUGCAAAUAUAAUUAAAACUAAACUAGAAAAUGUGACAAAGAAUGGUUCUGGAUUACAUGAAAGUAUAAAUAAAUUAAACGACCGUAGAGAGCAACAAAUCUCUUCUUUUAAAGUCAGUGAAAUAAAUCUAGGAAAUGUUGUUCAUGAUCUUCACAAGAUACCCACUCCACGCAUAAGAACUUCUGCGCAAGUUACAAAAAAGGGAAGAAGAAAGAGAGGUUAG